AUGAGCUCCACGCCACGCGCCACUUGGUCUGCAUCUGCUGCCCUCGAGAGCUCCGCGAGGCCCCUUCCUGACCCGACGCUGGUGUGCAACGCAAGCAGCAGCAGCAGUUGCAGCGACAGCGGUCGCGACCACUAUGCAGCAGCACCCAGCAACGACGAGGGCGCCAACGACAGCGAAGGAGACGAGGGAGAAGACUCAACAGCAAGCGCGUCCGAAGCCGAGGGGGCAACCCGCAGACGCCGUCGACAGCGCAUCCACUUCGACGUGGAGCAGCUCCAGGCAGUCUACCACCUCCCCCUCAAGACGGUGAGCACCUCCAUCAGCAACCCCUCAGAGUGGUUAGCUAGUGUGGUGGAUGCGAACAAAAGCUGCUGCUACGGAGUCUAUCAACGACUCGGCAUCUGUGAGGCUGCGCUCAAGCGCAUCUGCAGACGCAACAGCAUCCGCAAGUGGCCGUACCGACAGCUCUCGUCCGUGCGCCGACGCAUCGCCGAGCUGAAAGACCAGCGAGUCGCAUACUCGGCCUCUACACUCGAGGGUGAUCGCGUGUCGACUCCUCACACCGACAGUGCAGUUCGAAGGCCUACGGUAUCCGCUGCUAGCCCCCCGGAACACCUCGACGCCAGACUACAGCAGCUGGAAGCCGAGCAGGCCAACAUCAUCCGCUCGGCCCACCACAAACGUCGUCCGAAGAAGAAGAACGCUGGCCGCCAAGACACCAAGACGUCGUGGCAGCAGCAGCAGGGACCGGUUCCAGGUGAGGCGUUGACGGUACUGCUGCACGGAUACGGCACACCGACUGAGCAGCCUGCGCCGCUGGAUCUGCGUCGGAUCGACCGCGACUUCCCCUUGCUAUUCCUGGCGAAUGUGUGCGAGUCCGUUCGAGCCCUCCACUCCUCAAACAAGGACUAA